CACAGGUUGUGACCCUCAGCACUUGCUUGUGGGUCAGUGGGAUGACAGCAGUGCUGACUGGGAUGGAUAUGCUGGCUCUUGUGGUUUCCCUGGCAUGAGUUUUGUGGAGAAAAUUGUGUUUCCCAACAUUUGCUGCUGAGUACUUCCCCUUGUGAGGGGGAAGUGCCUGUUGCUGGGUCACCACAAUCCUGGUUCACAGGGCUGCCUGCAGAGUCUUUUCAGUGGGCUGUCACUGAAGGGCAGAACUGUGAUGUCCAGGGAAAGGUGAGCAGCUCUCAGGAGAGCACAGAGCCAUGAGCCAAGGAAUAGGGGUGCUCCCCAAUAUCACUGUGUUAGACCUCUUUCAGCAGCAAAUCCAAGGAAAACCCUCACACCCAGACAGUCCAAGGUGGGUAUUUUCACUCUCAACCAGAACAGGACACAAGAAACAUUACAACUUGCUCUGUUUCCCAGGACAGAGUUCAGAAAGACAAAGCCAGAUUUAAAGCAGGAGCCUUGAGAACAGGAGGCCAAGAGGUGGUGUCUCCCUUCGGGCAUUGCUUCUUGUGUUUGUUCUCCAGGGUGGAGUUCAGUAACUUUACUGCUGCAUUGAAUAUGUAACAAAGUUGUCUUGCUCAGGAGAGAUUGUAUUGAGCCUUUGUGUCAUAUUCUGACUCAAAAUGAGUUGUUUAGGGUUGGAGUGGAUGUUGGAAUACACACUGUCAGUGUGGUGAUUUAUAAAUCUGUUAAGUGGAACUUGCAGCUCCAUGAAGACAGAUCCUGCUUGAUAAAAAACACAGCUUGAAGACUCCCUGAUUUAAAAGUAAUAAUAAUAAUUCAUUGCAGAGUCCCUGUUACAUGAAACAUACAUGGUUUAACCCCAGCCAGCAGCUGCUCACUAACCCCUCCACUUCCCUGCUGGGAUGGUAGAAGACGUGGGAAAAAAGUAAAUCCCAUGAGUUGAGAAAAGAACAGUUUAAUAAUUGAAAUAAAAUAUAAUAAUAAUAACAACAUAAUUGUAAUGCAAAGAGAGACAUCCAAAGAAGAGAGAAACAGAACAAGGUACCAGGGAGAAAAUAAAUAAAAGUAUAUUUAAAAACUAAAUACUUAAGAAUUCUGUCCCAGGACACAUUGCAACAUUAAUCCACUCCAGUCUGGUCUCAGGGAGAGAAAGUUACUUGUACAGAAUUCUGCUACAGCGGUGUCAAUGGCAGGAGUGCCGCGACCUUUCUGAAGAAAUGCCUUUAUAAAGAUGUCCCAGGGGCACAGGCAUAAUCCCGGCAGCAGAGUGAUUGUCAUUCUCAGCUCGGCAGCAGUGCCAACAACACGGAGAAGAGACUAGAGCACUGUGUGGCAAGUUUCACAGAAUGGAGGCCUUUAUUAGAGCAAGGCGCUCUGUGAAGGGAGCCAGGAACAACAGCUCGUGUUUCACAGGGAAAAACAGGGGUUUAUAUAGGGAACUGGAAGGGCCGGGAGAAACAGGUAACAAAUGGGAUACAUGUAACUUGGAAGAGUGACAACAGAAAAACCAAUGGGGUACAACAUAUUAACAUAGAACUGCAAAGGAUCAUGGGUGGGAGGAUUUCCUCACCCUAGUGUGCCUCGUUCAAGGGUUGGCUCUCCAAGGGAGACCAACCACAUGUUUGCUGGCCGAUUCCUUGGCCCCCACAGAAUUCAACUAGUUAAGUGCUUUAGGCACUAUGUCUUCUAAUAGGGACCCCUCUCCUAUUCAGGAUGGGAACAGUCUGCUGUCAGAGCAGAAGCAGAUUCUUACAGAAACAGAUCUUUUCCAGAAAAGCUUAUUUUUCUGAUCCAGGAUAGAAUUGGAUGUGGAAAAACAUCACCAAGAAGCCAGUAGUCAGUCCCCUUACCUUGGCCAUUGGUUUCUCCUUCAGCCCAGUAUCCCUGUUCCCAUGUGCUGUGUAGUAGCUAUGUAGUGGUAGGUUCUUGUUGGCCAUCACAUGGAUACUGCUUCCUGUAGUUUCACAUAAUUUUGGAAAGGUUCUUCUUCCUGUUUUUUUAUUUUGGUUUGUUGUUUUUGUUUUGGGGGGUUUUUUUGUUUGGUUUUUUUUUGACAGAAAUUUUGUUUUCUGGCCAGCCGCAUUUUUUACAUUCAGAAGUGCAAACCCUUUGCCUUGUUUAAAUAAGAGUAAAUGAAAACCUUCCAAUGGCUUGGCAGCCCUGCAGUCUGUGUCUUGGACUUGGAUACAAUAGGCAGCUUGUGUUCACUUCAGAAGUUAAUGGACAUCUGGGGCAGUUUCUAGGUUGCUGUCAGACAGAAAGCUAUUUGUGAUAUAUAGGAAAGGUUUAAAUUAAAAAGCGGGGCGAGGGUCCUGUGAAUAUCUUUUCCCAUAAACAGAGUCUUUCUUUUAUUCUGAGCUUCAGUUACUGCUAUUCUUUGUCUGCUUUCCAUUUGUAGGACUUUUUCCAAUAAGCAAAGGGAACACAGUUGCAAACAUGCUCAAGACAUUGCUAAACCACAUGUAAUUUAAAGAGGAAAUUAGUAUUUUGUUGAAUAAAUGAGAGUAGAUAAGCUCCUAAUUAGGAACUAAAGAGCUCCAAGCUUCUACAGGGCAUCUCCUGCCCCAGACAGGGUAGCUGCUAGAGGAGCUUAUUACGUUAGAGAUGCUGAAAUGUUUUGGUGAUGUGCCAAAAGAUGGAUGCUCUUUAAGUGUUUUCAUCCAUUCUGGUGACAGAGACCUGUUUGCUAGAGGUAAACACAAAAAUAGUUUGAAUGUGGGGCUGGAGUUUUGUUUUAUUUUGCUCUUGUGUUUGAAUUGCUGUGUAAUUGCCCCUGUGUUGUUGAUUUGUGGCUGAAGGUUGCCUGAGGUCUGGACAAACCUGUUGAGGAAAUUUGGGCUAGUUUUAUUCUGCUGAUCCAUGCUGGAUGCCUGACUGCCUCCAAAAAAGCCAUUUCUUGGCUGGAGAGGCACCAGCUGUGCAAAGGGUGCAGUUCAGAUGUGGAGCUGGUGGAUUUGUGCCAGCCUUCACCACUGCCAAAGCUGAAGCACUGAAUGACAAAUGUGUUGCUGUUCAGCCAAAUUGUCCUGCACCCAGCCAAGGCUUUGUAGUCUCAUUACAAUUAACAAGCUCAUUCAUGUGUUUGUGGACAGGUUCAGAGAUGCACAUGCCUUCUGACAGAUCAUCAAUGAAAUGGAAAGAUUCUCUGCAGAUGGUGGCUCUUCAGUUCUCCUAAAAUCAACCACUGCUUUCAGCAUUCAGUCUCUUUCAUGAUUCCAACCUUACAAUACACACGGAUAACCCAGACCUAACACCAUGUUUCCAGAACACCAUCCUGGCUUGGAUCCCCAGCAUUUACCUGUGGAGUGCUUUACCUUUUUACCUUCUCUACCUGAGGCACAACAAACGAGGGUACAUCAUGCUGUCCGUGCUGAGCAGGUUCAAGACGCUGUUUGGUGUCCUGCUGUGGUGUGUGAGCUGGGCAGAUCUCUUCUACUCCUUCCACGAGCUCCUGCAAAACAGAACUCCUCCACCAGUCUAUUUUGUAACUCCACUUGUCGUUGGCAUCACUGUGCUCUUAGCCACACUGCUUAUCCAGUACGAAAGGCUGAGGGGAAUUCAGUCCUCUGGAGUGCUCAUUAUCUUCUGGUUUUUGUGUGUGCUUUGUGCCGUGGGGCCCUUCCGGUCAAAGAUCAUGACUACAACAGCACAGGGCCAUGUAAAUGAAAGGUUCAGGUUUACCACAUUUUACAUCUACUUUGCUUUGAUAAUCAUCGAGUUGAUACUUUCAUGUUUUAAAGAGAAGCCUCCAUUUUUUUCCCCUGUUAAUAUAGAUGCUAAUCCAUGUCCAGAGUUAAAUUCAGGCUUCCUGUCACGAUUGACAUUUUGGUGGUUUACCAGCAUGGCAAUUCAUGGGUACAAAAGGCCUCUGGAAGAGAAAGAUUUGUGGUCGCUGAACGAAGAUGACACUUCAAAAACUAUCGUGCAACAACUGAUUAAAGAGUGGGACAGAGAAAAAGCAGAGUGUAAACAAAAAGAGGAUGUGUCACACAUGAGGAAAUUGAACCAUGUGCAGAAUCAUGCUGGUGGCAGCCCAGAGGAAGCAGAAGUCCUGAUCAGAGACAAAAAGCACAAUAGGAAACCUUCCUUUCUCAAAGCUUUGUUGAGGACCUUCGGGCCCUACUUCUUAAUUGGCUCCUUUUUCAAGUUGAUACAAGACCUACUCUCUUUCGUCAACCCUCAGCUAUUAAGUGUAUUAAUCAGCUUCAUUAAGAACAAAGAUGCCCCAGCCUGGUGGGGAUUUUUGAUUGCAGCUCUGAUGUUUAUCUGUGCUGUGCUGCAGACGCUCAUCCUUCACCAGCACUUCCAGUACUGCUUUGUUACUGGGAUGAGGCUAAGGACUGGGAUCACUGGGGUGAUAUACCGAAAGUCCUUAGUGAUCACAAACUCAGCAAAGCGCUCAUCUACUGUUGGAGAAAUUGUCAACCUGAUGUCAGUGGAUGCCCAACGUUUCAUGGACCUGAUGACUUUCCUGAACAUGUUGUGGUCUGCACCACUCCAGAUAUUUCUAGCUUUGUAUUUCCUCUGGCAGACUUUAGGGCCUUCUGUGCUGGCUGGAGUUGCUGUGAUGGUCUUACUUAUCCCAUUUAACUCUGCAAUAGCAAUAAAAACCAGAGCAUUCCAGGUGGAACAAAUGCGAUACAAAGACUCACGCAUUAAAUUAAUGAACGAGAUCCUGGGUGGCAUCAAGGUACUGAAGCUGUAUGCUUGGGAACCAUCCUUUUCAGAAAAGGUCCUGGAGAUACGGAAGAAUGAGCUGAAAGUUUUGAAAAAAUCUGCCUAUCUCAACUCUUUGUCCACCUUUGCCUGGAUCAGCGCACCCUUCCUGGUAGCACUGACAACAUUUGCUGUGUAUGUCUCUGUGGAUGAGAAGAACAUCCUGGAUGCAGAAAAGGCUUUUGUCUCCCUGUCCUUGUUCAAUAUCUUGAAGUUUCCCCUGAAUAUGCUUCCACAAGUCAUUAGCAACAUUGCACAGACAAGUGUUUCCCUAAAGAGAAUUCAGCAGUUCCUGAGUCAUGAUGAACUUAACCCAAAUUGUGUGGAAAGAAAAGUGAUUGCACCAGGAAAUGCCAUCAGUGUAAGAAAUGCAACGUUCAGCUGGGGAAAGGAGCUUAAGCCAACGCUGAAAAAUAUAAAUAUAUUGAUCCCCAGUGGUUCUUUGGUUGCCAUUGUUGGCCAUGUUGGCUGUGGGAAGUCUUCUCUGGUGUCUGCUCUCCUUGGUGAGAUGGAAAAGCUGGAAGGAGAAGUGGCUGUGAAGGGUUCUAUUGCUUAUGUGCCUCAACAAGCCUGGAUCCAGAAUGCCACACUGAAAGAUAACAUUUUGUUUGGCCAAGCUCCUAAUGAGGAAAAAUACCAAGAUGCCCUGGAGGCCUGUGCUUUAAAAACUGAUCUAGAAGUGCUGCCAGGAGGAGAUCAAACUGAGAUAGGAGAGAAGGGCAUCAACCUGUCAGGGGGGCAGCGGCAGCGUGUGAGCCUGGCCCGUGCCGUGUACAGCAGCUCAGAUAUUUUCCUGCUGGACGAUCCCCUGUCCGCCGUGGACUCGCACGUGGCCAAGCACAUCUUUGACAAAGUCAUUGGCCCGGAUGGGGUCCUGAAGGGAAAAACCCGAAUCCUGGUAACCCACGGCAUUAGCUUCCUACCUCAGGUAGACCAUAUAUUUGUCCUGGUAGAUGGCAAAAUCUCUGAAAUGGGAUCUUACCAAGAGCUUCUGAAACAAAACAAGGCCUUUGCAGAAUUCCUCCGGAAUUAUGCACUGGAUGAAGACAUUGAAGAGGAUGAACCAACAAUGCUGGAGGAGGAAGAAGUGCUGCUGGCUGAAGAUACCCUGAGCAUCCACACAGACCUGGCGGAUAACGAGCCCGUGACAAACGAGGUCCGCAAACAAUUUCUUAGGCAACUUAGUGUAGUGUCUUCUGAGGGAGGAGACUGUCCCAACAAAAUGUCAACGAAACGAAGAGUCUGUGAGAAGAAGCCAGCAGAGCCUCCUCUUCCAAGAAAAAGUGCUAAUGAGAAACUUACUCAGGCCGAAACCACUGAAACAGGCACGGUGAAGCUAACGGUGUUCUGGCAGUACAUGAAGGCUGUCAGCCCUGUCAUUUCUUUGGUGAUCUGUUUCCUGUAUUGCUGUCAAAAUGCUGCUGCCAUUGGGGCCAAUGUGUGGCUCAGUAACUGGACCAACGAACCGGUAGUAAAUGGGACUCAGCACAACACAGCCAUGAGAAUUGCGGUCUACGCUGCCCUGGGCCUCUUGCAAGGGCUCAUAGUGCUGAUCUGCUCCUUCACCCUGGCCAUGGGGGGCAUCAAUGCUGCCCGGACCCUUCAUGCUGCACUGCUGGAGAACAAAUUCCACACCCCACAGUCGUUCUAUGACACCACCCCGACUGGGCGCAUCAUCAACCGUUUCUCCAAGGACAUCUAUGUCAUUGAUGAGGUCAUCCCGCCAACCAUCCUCAUGUUCCUGGGGACAUUUUUCACCUCCUUGUCCACCAUGAUUGUUAUCAUAGCGAGCACUCCGCUCUUCGCCGUGGUUAUAGUCCCACUGGCAAUUCUCUACUUCUUUGUUCAGCGAUUCUAUGUCGCAACCUCCCGCCAGCUGAAGCGCCUGGAGUCUGUGAGCAGAUCCCCUAUCUACUCCCACUUCUCAGAGACUGUGUCAGGGGCCAGUGUCAUCAGAGCCUACAGGAGAGUGAAAGCCUUCGUGGACAUCAGUGAUCUGAAGGUAGAUGAAAAUCAGAAGAGUUAUUAUCCUGGCAUAGUGUCAAACAGGUGGCUGGGCAUCCGAGUUGAAUUUGUGGGAAACUGCAUUGUCCUUUUUGCUGCCCUUUUUGCUGUGAUUGGUAGGAGCAGCCUGAAUGCUGGCCUGGUGGGACUGUCAGUGUCCUAUGCAUUACAGGUGACCUUGUCUCUGAAUUGGAUGGUCCGGAUGACUUCUGAGCUUGAAACCAAUAUUGUGGCUGUGGAAAGAAUAAAAGAGUAUUCAGAAACUGAAACAGAGGCUCCCUGGAUCAUUGAGGGCAAGAGUCCCCCAGAAAACUGGCCAUCCAAGGGAGACCUGGAGUUUGUGAAUUAUUCAGUGAGGUACAGGAAGGGCCUAGAUCUGGUGCUGAAGGAUCUAAACCUCCAAGUGCGUGGUGGGGAAAAGAUUGGAAUUGUUGGCAGAACUGGUGCAGGGAAGUCCUCCAUGACACUCUGCCUCUUUAGGAUCCUGGAAGCUGUAAAAGGGGAAAUUAAAAUUGAUGGCGUGAAAAUUUCAGAAAUUGGUCUCCAUGACCUUCGAUCAAGGCUAACAAUUAUUCCUCAGGAUCCUGUUCUCUUUUCUGGAACACUGAGGAUGAACCUGGAUCCAUUUAAUAAGUAUUCAGAUGAAGAAAUAUGGAAAGCACUUGAACUGUCUCAUUUGAAGAGGUUCGUCAGUAGUCAGCCAUCCAUGCUGGACUAUGAGUGCUCAGAGGGUGGAGAGAAUCUUAGUGUUGGCCAGAGGCAGCUCGUGUGCUUGGCCAGAGCUCUCCUGCGCAAAACCAGGAUCCUGAUCUUGGAUGAAGCUACGGCCGCCAUUGACCUUGAGACAGACGACCUCAUCCAGAUGACCAUUCGGACACAGUUUGUGGACUGCACGGUGCUGACCAUUGCACACAGGCUGAACACAAUCAUGGAUUACACCAGGGUUCUUGUUCUAGACAAUGGGACCAUAGCUGAAUUUGACAAACCUGCAAACCUUAUAGCAGCAAAGGGUAUUUUCUACAGUAUGGCCAAAGAUGCUGGACUGGCAUGAAGAGAGGACCCCUUGGGUUUUGGUUUGGUGUUUUAAUAUUACUGACUUGCCACAAAAGUGACUUGUGAAUGUACUGUAAUUUAUAAAACAGUUUUUGCAGUAGACUCAAUUUGUGAUAUGGGAA